CAGACGUGUCCAAGCAAACAAAGCCACAAAGGUGCUCCAGAUGACCCCAUUCAGAGCUGCCGGGCAUGUGUAUAUAAAGGAGUCUGGCCGGCUCUGCCAUGUUGGCGUAGUCCUGGUCCACAGACUUCCUUUACCGUUACACCAACAACACCCUCUUCAACACCAUCAUCCACCAUGACUCAAUACAACAACAACUACCCCCAGGGCGGCUACCCUCAAAAUGGAGGCUAUCCCCAGGGAAACCCGCCUCCGCCAUAUAACCAAGGCCAAGGCCAAGGCCAAGGGGAGGCAGCUGCCUACUUCGCCGGAGCACCCCAACAACAGCAGGGCUAUGGACAGCAAGGCUAUGGCCAGCAACAGCAAGGCUAUGGCCAGCAACAGCAAGGCUACGGCCAGCAAGGCCCUGGACAGCAGGGUUACGGCCAGCCUCCGCAGCACCACCAGCGCGACUCUAACAACGGCCCUGAAGAAGAUGGCCCGGCCGGUGAGCGUGGCGUGUUGGGUGCGCUAGGUGGUGGUAUCGCCGGCGCCGUGGGAGGCAACAAGAUCGGCGGCAAGGUGACAGGCCACAGCAAGAUGAGCACCGUGCUCGGUGCCGUGGCUGGUGCCGUUGCCGGACACAAGCUGCAGGACGGCGUGUCCGACUGGAAGGACAACCGGGACGAGGAGAAGGAGAAGAAGAAGAAGGAAGAAGAGGAAGAGAAGCGGAGAGAGGAGGAGAAGAAACGCCGAGACGAGGAUGACAAGCGCCGCAGAGAAGAUGAUAAGCGCCGUAGAGAGGAUGAGAAGAGGAAUGAGCACCACCCCCCUGCCCGCCAGGAGCACCGCCAGGAGCACAACCAGCCCCGCGACCGCGGUGUCAGCUACGCCGGCAACUUCAGCAGCUCCGCGCGCGACACCCGCCUCGAUGCCCACGGCGAGUACAUGCUGCACACCUCGUGUAAGCGCCUCGACGGCUCGUACCAGAGCACCAGCAUUAGCCUGAACAAGAUCAUCGAGAACGACCGGGGCAGCUUCCGCUGGUUUUCGGGUGGACAGAGCAACGGCGGCGGGCAGCAGAGCCACACCGUCCAGCCCGGCGACACCCUCCGCGCCAUCGCUGGCCGCUACAACUGCUCGUUCGAGGAGAUUGCCCGCAAGAACAACAUCGCCAACCCCGACCUGAUCCACCCCGGCACCGUCCUCCAGAUCCCCGGCUCGGGCGGAAACAACAACAGCGGCAGGGGCGGUAACUUCGGGGAGUCGGCACGGGAUGUGCGUCUCGCCGAUGGCGGCCGCAGGCUCGACGGCGAGCUGCUCCGUGACGGCCGCUGGCUCGGAAGUUCCAUCAUCCUCGACGAGAGGUUGUCGAACAACAAUGGCACACUGAAGUACAUCGAGUAAGGGG